AUGACUCUAACGUUGUUUCGGCCGCCCUUGCAGACCGCCUUGCGUGGCCGGGCGGCUCCCGUGUCACCAGUGCUACUUUCUCCACGGAUAUCGGCACGGAUGCCAAAAAGUUUAGAAAGGGUAUCUACGCAGCAAGACAGGUCUCACACCACCUCUUCACAUGCGCCACAGUCACCAGUAUCGUCUUCGGUCUCCUCCGCCGAAGUCAACCACUUCUCUCAACUCGCAUCAACAUGGUGGGAUCCUCACGGACCAUCAAGACUGUUACACUUGAUGAACCCACUCCGCCAUGACUUCAUCAAAGCAUGCCUGCGCUCCUCCGAGUCACCUCCGCCGCAGACUCUCUCCUACCUCGAUAUAGGUUGCGGGGGGGGGAUAUUCGCCUCCUCCGCAGCGCGGCUUUCAAAUACAUCGACCGUCACAGCGAUUGAUCCUACAGAACUUGUCAUCCAAGUCGCCCAGGCCCAACAACGGUCUGAUCCUAGUAUCUCGCCCCCAAAGCUGAAGUACCUUAAGUGCGCAAUUGAAGAUGUGCCCGUUCCCCAAUCCGAGUUUGAAAAGGUGGAUAUCAUAACUUUGUUUGAAGUGCUAGAACAUAUCGAUAACCCAAACCAAUUCCUCCAUCUCGCAACCCCUCAUCUCAAGAAAGGUGGAUGGAUAGUUGGCUCGACCAUCUCCCGGUCACCUUUGGCAUAUGUGACCACAAAGCUUAUCGCAGAAGCUCCGCUUAUCGGGAUUGUCCCGGCUGGAACACACGAUUGGAAUAAAUAUAUCAAUCCGGAACAACUACUACGCUACUUCUCUAUGCAAGAACCAAGUCUUUGGGGCGACUUCAAGACUCAGGGCGUGAUAUAUGUCCCUGUAUUGGGCUGGAAGCUCGUCAAGAACAGCGAAACUUUCGGAAAUUACUUCUUUGGGAUCCAAAAAUUGACCUGA